AUAAGAAAAAGAAAUGGGAACCACCACUUCCAACUCAUGUUGGUAAAAAAAAAAAAGAGGCCCUGACGCAACGUCUAAAUUACCUGCCGUUUGUUCAAAAUCAAGAAAGAUUAAAGCCACAAGAAGAAAAAGCACAAGAAGAAAAAACUCGGGUGGAAUAUUUAAGUGGUUCCCCAAUGGGAAUCAAAGAAUCCGUAGAAUUACUCUUAACACAUCCAGAACUUUAUGAAAGGUGUUAUCCUAUAAGGGUCCCGGAACAGAUAAAUUCAACAUUUCUAUCAACAAGAAUUGAUCCAAAACUUGUACGCAAAUUAUUCCGUGUUGCCGAAGAACAUGCGCCUUCCAUUGUAUUUAUUGAUGAAAUUGAUGCUAUUAGAACUAAACGAAAUGAUUCCAAUUCAGGUAGUGAAAGGGAAAUUCAAAGAACUAUGUUAGAACUUUUGAAUCAAUUAGACGGUGGUGAAAGGGAAAUUCAAAGAACUAUAGGUCAUCAUGGCAACAAAUCGUAUUUAAUCAUUAGAUCCUGCUCUGAUUCGCCCGGGACGAGAAUGACAUUAUCAGAUGAUGUGGAUCUUGAGGAAUUUGUAAUGUCUAAAGAUGAUUUGAGUGGUACUGACAUUAAG